CACUCAUAGCUUUCGUUUAAUUUAAAAUUGCACUCGCAUGGCCGUCGAUUGGUUGUCGUUUUGUUUACGUUACGCAGCUGAAUGAGUGGUUUUUGCCGGUUAAUUGCUUCAUUUCACGGAUUCUUUCCUGUUAAUUACGCACUGAUUUUGGGCCUUCGUCAAUGUUAUCGCUCCUCACAAAAUGAUUGAUGACAGUGUUUCGACCGCUGCUGCGAAUUCCCUGAAAAAAGAAGAUUCUAGCGUGAAAUUGUUCUCUGCUGAAAUUAACAACACGCACACAGAAUUCGCCAUCAAUUCUUACACCGACCGAUUUUUCAUCAUAAUCACACAGACUGGAAACAUUGGCACCCUGGUCAGCGUAGAAAAGGACACUGCCAAGGUUGAGAAGGAAACUGCUGAAGUCUACUCCAUAAGGGUCCUUCUGGGCAAGGACGACGAGGACGUCCACAUUGCCGCUCGUUUCCUGGCAGGCCAGCUGAACUUGCCAAAGCCAAUUCUUUUCUCCUUUUGCAUCAAGGAUCUUGGUCUUGUUGCUUUGAAAAAUAUUCUCCAGAAACUGAAGGAACACCUGCAGUAAAAUGGCUCACGUGGCCACCACAAUGUUCGGACAGGCCGUUGUUGGGCCUCCGGGCAGUGGCAAGAGCUCCUACUGCAAAGCUAUGGGCUCGUAUCUCAGAUCCAUCGGCAGAAAAGUUGCCAUAGUAAAUUUAGAUCCAGCCAACGACACCCUACCUUACGAAGGAGCCAUAGAUAUUACAGAGCUGGUCACUUUGGAGGACACAAUGAGUGCCUUCAAACUUGGUCCUAAUGGGGGUCUCAUGUAUUGUAUGGAGUUUAUAGAAAAAAAUAUUGAUUGGCUCUUGGAAAAAAUAUCAGCACUUAAAGACCAUUACUUUCUGCUUGACUUUCCUGGUCAGGUUGAGCUGUACACUCAUCAUAAUUCUGCCAAAAAUAUUCUUUCGAAACUUGUUGAAUUUGAUCUCCGACUGUGCUCGGUCCAACUUGUUGAUUCUCACCACUGUAGUGACCCUGGCAAGUUCAUUUCGGCGCUUCUCUUAUCUCUGACGACGAUGUUGCACACAGAACUGCCUCACAUAAACAUCCUCUCCAAAAUAGAUCUGGCUGAAAAGUAUUCAAGCAAGUUGGAUUUUGGCCUGGAUUUCUACACUGACGUGCUGAACUUGGAUUAUCUUCUACAGAGACUGGAUGAGCAGCCUGGCACUAAAAAAUUCAAGAAACUGAAUGCAGCUCUUGUAGGUUUGAUUGAGGGCUACAAUUUGGUCUCGUUUUUGCCGAUGUCAGUGAGCGACAAAAAGACACUUUGCAAGGCUCUUGCAGCUGCUGACAAGGCGAAUGGGUGUGUUUUUGGGACGGGAGAGCCUCGAAAUAUCCAGUCUCUUCUUGCUUGUGCAACAGGUGCCGUUUCGGAACAAGAGAGACUUGGUGAAUUUAUGGACGAAUACAGCUAAUCUUAAACAAGUAAAAUAUGUAGAAUUAAAAUGACUUAAUGUCAGCAUCAAAGCAAAUUUAUUUAAUUUCAACAAACUGUCAACCAAAAAUAAUUAUUAACAUGUUUUAACAGUAAUUAACGGUAAUUAAGAUGAUAUUCCUUUUACAGACAGCAAC